CCGCCCAUCUCUUCACGUGCCGCGAACACAUCACGCACUUGCAGACACAUUAAAGCCCUCCGUCACGAUCCGUCGCAUCCGCCAGCAUGUUUGCAGACAAGCCGCGGACCCUCUGUGUGAUUCGGCGUGUCGAGCAGCCUCGGGAUGAUGCAAAGCGCGCGCGAUAGUGCCGUAACCCUGUGCGAUGAUGGAGCUAGUCGACGACGCCAACAAAGAGCCGAUUCACAGGUGCACUACGUCACCCGCUUGGCUGUAGCUCAUAAACAAGCUUGCCAGGCCUCUUUUCGUCGCGCGUUUGAUACGCAGCUAGCCACGUCCAACCAUCCUACUGUAAUCGCACCAUUGUCGUGCAUCCUAAUCUUAAUAUCCUAAACCCUUGCGACGACGACUUCUUUGGCUACCAUACACCAUGGCUGUAGCUAGACCUCUUCUCGCGUUCGGCUCGCUGAUCCUGGUCGCUGGAGGCCUGCUCUUCCAAUUCCUGACCAUCCUCACUGGCGGCGUCAACAAGGCUCCUCUCACCAAGUUUUACUUCCUCGAAGCCACCACGGGCGGUAUCCCCAAUGCACGCAAUCCGUCGCGAUGGACCUUCUUCGCCAUCUGCGGCGCCGACCCGGACUCUGGCAACAAUGCCAACUGCGGCUCACCUGUCCCAGCGCUGCCAUUCGACCCUCCUAGGAACUUUGGCACUCAGGAAAACAUCCCCGAGCAGUUCAUCGGUACCCACAUGUACUACUACCUGUCUCGCUUCAUGUUUGCUUUCUACCUGAUUGCUCUCUUCUUCGCUGCCAUCGCUCUCAUCUCCGGUCUCCUUGCGCUCUGCAGCCGUCUUGGAGGAUACCUCUCUUCCCUGAUGACCUUUGUCGCCCUUUUCUUCCAGACGCUCGCCGCAGCUCUCAUGACCGCAUGGGUAGUCAAGGGCCGCGAUGCCUUCCGUUCCGCCGGUUUCGAAGCACGCAUCGGCAGAUACCUCAUGGGUUUCACCUGGGCCGCCGUCGCCUGCUACUUCCUCGCUACGGUUAUGUUCUGCCUCGGAGGCCGUCUCGGCGGCGACCGCUCUUCCAGCAUGCGCCGAAGCCGCUCUACCAAGUCGAACCGCAGCCGGGGUAGCUUCUUGGACACCGAGUCCCAGCGCAAGCCCAGGGAUUACUCCCCAUAGUCUGGCGUUGGACUAGUGAGAAUUGCAUGAGGUCCGAGAAGGGCCACAUGGAAGAAACCUGAUCUUUUACGCGACGAUAUCCACGAUUUGAUUUUGUAAAGCACGAACAUAAUACCUUGCUAUAGCGCGCGAAUGACUUAAUGCUAGUAAUGUACAUAUGCACAUAUAGCAAACACACUUUUUACUAAAAGCUACAUACAUUCAAAUUGCCCAUGCCUUGCAAUUCCUUGAUAUAGACGCAAGUAUUCAUACACUACGCUGGCAGAAACUGAACCCAUCCAUAUGCCCGCAGAAGUCAUCAACCCUCAUCCCCCUCCCACCAA